GUAAUUUUGUGAAAUAUAUGUGUGUUAAAACAACUAAUGGCGUAACUGAUAAGCGUGGGUAAGCUCAGGUCGCUCAAUUGAAAGGGAAGUAGUGAAUUUCAUAAUGCCGCAAAAGUUUGAGCGCUAGUAUUUCGGAAACACUCGCCGCGGACGGACGCAUACGAGGGCAGCAAUCGAAUAAAAACAUGGAACCAACUGUGGAGAAGACAGCGGCCGAAGCGGCUACCUCAACAAAUCACGAUGCCGACUAUAUACAAAAAGCUUUGGCGUUGGCGUACAAAAGCGAAAGCUUGCGUGUGGAGAGCUUUCAAAGUGAACCAAUUACACAGCGUGGCGAAAACUUUUGCAGCGUCAUCUAUCGGAUAAAAGUGGAAUAUCGCAAAAAUGAAAAUGCUCCGUUAGAGCAAGGCAAUUAUGUCCUGAAGGAUUUGCUGCCUAUUGUGGCCGAGGUGGGAUCCAAUGAGAAAGUAAUGUUCCAGGAGAUAUUGCCGGCCAUGGCACAGAUAUUGGAAAAGACUUCGCUGGAAGAGCACAAGCUGAACGCUGAAUGCUUUUUUGCGGAACGUGAAACAUCCAAAGAGAUUUACCUGUUGGAGGAUCUCUGCGCACUAGGAUAUGCGUCAAUGAAUCGCCGAAAAGGCUUGAACUUAGAGGAUGCUCAGGUUUGUGUGCACAAAUUGGCACAGUUUCAUGCUGCUUCGAUGAUGCUGCUGCACGAGCAGCCGGAGCUAGUGGCUAAACUGUCGCCCUCCCACUAUGUCGACGGCUUGGGUGAUCCCUUUGCCCAGGUCAUUGUCGUGAAUGGCACGGCCUUCGGAGCAGAGGUGGUGGCUGAGCUGCCGGGCAUGGCAGCCAUAGCAGCCAAAAUGCGGGCUCAGCUUCCCUCUGAGUAUGAAACGCGCAUUAAAACUGUGGUCAACUCCAAGAAUACGGCAAUGCCUGUCAUAGUACAUGGAGACCUCUGGCUAAACAAUCUGAUGAUCAAUGCUGAACAGAAAAAGGCCAUAAUUGUGGAUUUCCAAAACUGUUUUAUUGGCAGCGCCGCAGUCGACGUACAAUUCUUCCUGUACACCAGCUUGCAACUGGAUGUGCUGCUGCAGCACCGCGAGGAUCUGCUGAAGCAUUACUACCAAAGCCUCUGUCAGACGCUCACUGCCUUGAACUACCCCGGCAGCACGUUAAGCUACGAGCAACUGGCCGAAGAAAUGCAGCAAUGUCUCUUCUAUGCCUACUAUGCCGUCGUCUGUGAGCUGCCCAUCUGCUGUGCAUCCAAGGAUGCAGCCGAGGACUUUACCGUAGACACUUUCCUGAGCUCGGAGUCUAUACUAGCCAAACGCCGCGAGCUCUUCGCCAACGAGCGCGUAAUAGAGACGCUCAAAGCGAUCUUGCCUUACUUUGAUGAGCAGGGCAUAUUAGAUCCGUUGUAGGAGACGGAUGUUGUUUUUGUAUUAUGAAUAAUAUUUAGUUUCUGGUUGAUUUUUAUGCAACUGUGGUGAACUGUAUUGUUAAUGUUUAAAUUUGUAGAAAAAAGCGUAAUGUUCGAGACGUGUUUGACCCUUUUGGGUAAAUGUUUACAUUUUUGAUCAGUAUAAAAAGUGGAGUUCGUGUUAUGUUCGGCUCCUUGUCGUGGGUAAACUAGGUUGAUGAAUUAUAUCUGAAUGUGUCCUAAACUAGUUUACUUGACAGAUAGAAUAAAUGACUCUGAAGAGAAUAGAAUGCGCACUAGCUUAUCGAAACUAAUAAUGGUUGUUAUAUAUUC